UCCAGCGGGUGUUUCAUUUGUUCUCAUCCUUCUUCCAGGAAUCCUUUCCUCUCUUGCGCUUGGCUUGCUUUCGUGCUUCUCUUCGAAAGUGCAAUGCUUAUAAGAUUUCCAGCUCUGCUAAGUUUGCUCCUCCAAUUUCGAUUCUCGUUUGGAUUGACCCCAUUCCCAGACGCGGCAUUUACGAAGGCUAUAAACUACACUCAAGAGAAAGCUGGAGAUGCUGUAGGCAUCACUCUUCUUCAAGACGCCAGGCAAUCUGGAGCAGUUUGCUUGGAUGGGAGCGCCCCAGCAUAUCAUUUGAGGCCUGGUUUUGGCUCUGGUGCGAAGAACUGGCAUAUACGUUUGGAAGGUGGAGGCUGGUGUGAAAGCUCAUCCGCUUGUGCCACUCGAGCCAAGACAAGUCAUGGAAGCUCCAAGCUCAUGUCCAAUCAAAUAUUAUUUAAUGGUAUUCUUAGCAACAAGUAUUCUGUCAAUCCAGAUUUCUACAACUGGAACCAUGUAUAUGUGCGUUAUUGUGAUGGAGGAUCUUUCAGUGCCGAUGUUGCUGUUCCAGUAAGGCACUGGUCUGGACAAGCUCUAUAUUUUCGAGGACUCAGAAUUUUUAGAGCUGUUGUGAAGCACCUGCAAACCAAGGGACUGAGCACUGCUAAACAGGCACUUUUAAGUGGGUGCUCUGCUGGAGGACUUGGAGUUGUUCAUCGUUGUAACGAGUUCAAAUAUCUUCUACCUAAUGCCAACGUUAAAUGUUUGAGUGAUGCUGGUUACUUUGUGAAUGGCCAAAGCAUCCGAGGAAACUUUGCCAUGUACAACUAUUACAAAGGAGUGGUGAAUUUACAGAAAUUGCAAAACACCCUGGCUAGAGCUUGUACCUCGGCAAAAGAUCCAGUGCAGUGUUUCUUUCCACAACAAGCACAGGGCUACAUAAGACAGCCCACGUUUUUUGUUAAUGCAGCAUAUGAUAAUUGGCAGCUUGAAAAUGUAAAAGAGAUUUCCUGGAGACAAUACAGCCCUUGCAUGAGAUUUGCUUCUUGUUUCCAUGCAAAAACUUUGCAAGCAUUCCGACAAAAUCUACUGAAUGGUCUCUUCUAUGCUCAAUCUAGAGCAGGCUGGGGAACCUUUAUCGAUUCUUGCUUUAGCCAUUGUCAACUUGAGGUAGACAUCAAAUGGACAAGACCAAGAAUACAUGGAAAGUCAUUAGCAAAAGCUGUAGGAGAUUGGUAUUUUGGAAGAUCUCAGUCAACUCACUAUAUAGAUUGUGGAUUUCCAACUUGCAAUCCUACUUGCGUUAAGUACCCUCUAAUGUCAACUUCCACAUAGAUUUUGAGUGUGGAACAUUUAUUGUAAUCUCCCACAUAGUUUUCGAGUGUGAAAUUUACAAACUAAAGUCACAAAUACAAAUUGCUUAGUGAUGGAA